AAAGAAGAUUAUAAUAUUUGGUGAUGAAACAGUGUUGCCGUUUAUGGGGAGGAGGUUAUUGUAGUGCCAAUUCAUCCCACGAUGGUGCUCCAUCCUGUAGUGAUUGUAUUUUUCACUUUGGAUUUAAUGGACUUUCAGACAAUUCGUGUGCAGCUUGUUAAGACCUUGGACCAUGAUGCUUGGUAUUUGAAUUGAGUUCGCCACCCUAUUCCGCUAUUCUUUUUAGUUUCUUGGCCAUUUUCUUAUUACCCAUCCGGAAGCAGACUCCAAAGAUUUGGUAACUUGUUUUUAUUUAAACAAAAUUUGGAAAAUUGGUUGCACCCGUGGAGAUAAUAUCAAAAGCUGGCACGAACUUUAUUCGCGGGCGUGAGGGGAAAUGCUUGCAUUAGCUGACGUGCUCAAGCUCAUGCUCUAAAGCAUACAGAGUGGCAGCGACCUCUCCAACCAAAACCACAAAAUUAAAAACUUUUGCUUUUAGAGAUUCCUCACUGUGAACUAGUCUUCUCUUCUACCACUCUCUUCCUGUUCCAUUCCUUCUCUUUUUGCAAAAUGAAGGCUGCAGUGUUAAGAUCUUCUCGGGCAGCGUUAAGGCCAUGCACAUCCAGGCACCUUGUUGGCCGAUCAUACUCAUCAACAGAGUCUAGGCCAGAACGCAAAGUGGCAAUACUUGGUGCAGCAGGUGGCAUAGGGCAGCCGUUGGCUUUGCUUUUGAAGUUAAACCCACUAAUCUCAUCUCUCUCCCUCUAUGACAUAGCCAACACUCCUGGAGUUGCUGCUGAUGUUAGCCACAUCAAUUCUCGUGCUCAGGUUGCGGGGUAUGCUGGGGAAGAACAGCUAGUGGAAGCAUUGGACGGAUCAGAUGUUGUGAUUAUUCCAGCAGGAGUUCCAAGAAAACCCGGAAUGACUCGUGAUGAUCUCUUCAAAAUCAAUGCAGGAAUUGUCAAAUCUUUAUGCACAGCCAUCGCAAAAUACUGCCCUAAUGCUCUGGUUAAUAUGAUAAGCAAUCCAGUGAAUUCUACUGUCCCGAUAGCUGCUGAAGUUUUCAAGAACGCAGGGACAUUUGACGAGAGGAAGCUGUUUGGUGUGACAACGCUUGAUGUAGUCAGAGCUAAAACUUUCUAUGCUGGGAAGGUUAAAGUUCCCGUGGCUGAGGUUAAUGUGCCAGUAGUUGGCGGGCAUGCUGGCAUAACCAUCCUCCCUAUUUUCUGUCACGACCCGAAUCCCGGGUCCAUGACCGGCAAUGCAAGAGCGAACAAACCAGGGACCGAACUGUAA